AUGCACGCGCCGCCGCCGCUGCAUCCCCAGGCCUUCCCGUGCGCCAUUCCCGCCUCGUCCCUGCAAGGCCCGCAGGUAGUCCACCGUGCUGCGUACUCGCCUGAUCGGAGGUGCUCCGCCGCGCAGCUGACGAUAUUCUACGCAGGUUCAGUGCAUGUGUUCGACAACGUGACGAAGGAAAAGGCCGAGCAGAUCACGUUCAUGGCCGCGAAGGCAGCUCAAGCAGGCCGCAGCCCUCCCCUUCGUCGGGCGCUGCGGCAAUCGGAAUCUGCUCCGGUCCCCGACGAGAGAAAGCAGAUGCCAUUGGCGAGAGCUUGCAGCGAUCCUGUGCACCCUUCGCCACAGGCAUUGUUCAUGCUGCCGCAUAGAGAUGUUCCGCUGGCCAGGAGUGCGUCCCUUGCCCGCUUCCUCGAGAGACGCAAGCGAAAGCAAAGGACAGCAAAUGCAGCAACGCCUUACUCUCGCAGGGAGAUAUCCCCUGGUAGCGUGGACACUUUCCGCAUGGUCUCGCCAGGAAGCACAACACUAUCCGGCAACACCGAACUGUCAUGGUUCUUCGGAGAUGAAAAGCUGGGAAGCCGCGACGAGGAGGCGCUGGACACGGAGCUCAAGAUGUAGCCGGUGCACAAGCCCUCGCGCCAAGCGUCCCUCAAUAAUCGAGCCCGAAUUUUGGAUCAAGUUGGGUAGACGGUUGGGCUGAUGACAAACAAAACCUUUUGGUGCGUUGGGCGGCAAGAUCUUAGCGUAGCCUUCUUCUUCUUCUUUUGGUUUUGCUUUUCGGGAUGUUUGCUCACAGUUUCUCUUGAAACUGAAAACACCAUCAUUGCCCUUUUCGGCUUUUUUGAUUUACGGGCUUCUUCGGAUUGUUGCUCAAUCUGAUUAAGAAUCCUGUAGUUUUGGCCGGUGAGAGUUUUUUGUUUUCUUUAUUUCUUUUCUUCCGUUUGAAACGCCAGCUGAGCUGAUGUAUCUCAUAACUGUUAACACUACUGCUGACUGCAAUGAACAAUUUUUGGUCGUC